CACGUUCAAGCCUUGGAGAAGCGAAAAACUGUCUCUAUUCAGACGAUUCAUGUCAGGGCUUGUAGUCAAUACAAAUGGUUGAAGCUACAGAGGCUAUCUAUGUAUAAGAAGAUUCGACUGCCGAUCAAUUGCCUACAAGUUGGUCUAUGCGUCGCCGGAGCAUUCCCAGACUACUUCACGGAUCUCUGGGGUCGAGGAUACAGCGAUACGCCGCUUGACUGUAGGCAUGAUGUCCGUCUGUUUGCAUCCCAGAUACUGCUAGCGCUCAUGUCAUCGCCUCUCUCAUGGAUGGGAAAUAGCAACACCUUCUUUAUCGUAGCUUUUUCCCUGGGCGGGCUGAUCUCCUUGGCAUUCACUGGCGCCUUCCCCGAAUCAGUUCGAUCGUUGGUCCUUCUCGGGCCAGCAGGUCUUAUUCGCAAGCGACCGGAUGGCUACGACGACAAUUACAUGCAUCAACCCAAACUUGCCCCGUCACUGGAAUCUCUCCGUGAAAACGUGCGACAAAUCCUCGGGGCGAUCCCAUGUGGCCCGGCUUUGAACAUGCAGACGGACAAGAAGCGAGUCGUCUCGUCGGAGCAGGGGCCUCCUCGAGUAGAGAAGAGCUUUGACAUAGGAGGCAUCAUUCAGUGGCAGUUCGAUCAUCAUCAAGGCCACAUUCAUUCGUUCCAGGACACUGUACGGUACGGCCCACUACAGAAGAGGGAAGAUUUGUGGGGAAAAGUCUGCGAUAUUAUUGCCGGCCGAACACGACCCGACUCUGCCCUGCAUAAUACCAAGUUGCUCGUCUUCUUUGGUCGAGACGAUGAUGUUGUGGUUGGAGAGGAGACGACUGAGGAUAUCCUGAAGUUGUUAGGUCGAAUACCUACCAGGUGGGCAUGGGUUCCCCUGUACCCGAACAGUGAAAAGAUCACUCAGACGAUUCUUUCAUUCCAACGUUCUAAGCUUUCCGAAGCCUAGAUUUGGAAGCACGAAGCUGGAAUUGAAUCAUGUUUACGUUUAUAUGCCGCGGCAUGACGGCCUCCUAGUUUGUGGUCAGGGGUGCGGUGUGCAGUUUUGGAAUGAGCCCUAAGAGAAUAG